AGGCGGCUAUAUAAAGGUCGACCCUUCCAGUAGCCACUUCAGUUGUCCUUUGAGCCUGCAAACGCAAUCAUGUUGACCAACAACGAGCUAAUGGAGCAGUUCUACUUCCCCGACGAGUCGCCAGCGGUGCCCGAGUUCCUGGCCAACGAUACCUUCCAGCAGUUGGAGCAGCUCAUGUACCAGCAGGAGUUCAGCAACAGCGAUAGCCAGUCCGAUGGAGCCAACAGUUGCUCCUUGGAGAUGUACUACGAUACCCCGGCUGUCCUGGAACUGGAGCAUAUGUUGAGUGUCCAGGAGCAACAGCAGCAGCAUCAAGUAAAUCACUUGGGCAAGAUGCAAGGAAGGAGUUCAAAACAAAGGAGCAAGCCCUACGAGAAGCUGUCCACCUCCAUGUCAUCAUCCGCUUCCUACACCUCCUCGAGCAGCUCAUCGUCGGCGAGUUUCGGCGGCGAAGUCCUGAAAAAGCGGCGACUGGCGGCCAAUGCCCGUGAAAGGAGACGGAUGAACAGCCUGAACGACGCCUUCGACAAGUUGAGGGAUGUGGUUCCGUCGCUUGGUCACGACCGGCGACUCUCCAAGUACGAAACCCUGCAAAUGGCGCAGGCUUACAUCGGAGAUCUGGUCACGUUGCUCUCCAGAGACUACUAG